AUGAAGGUGGAGGAAGACACGGGGAACGUCGGCGGAGCGGUGGCCGCCAGUGACUGCUGUAUCACCAGACUUUUGAGCGUCGUGGAGAGCGAGUUACAGGCCGGUCGAGAAAAGGGAGAUCCCACAGAAAAACAGCUCAAAGUCACACUGGAAGAUGCUGAACUCUGGAGGAAAUUCAAAGAAGUGACCAAUGAGAUGAUUGUAACGAAGAACGGCAGGAGGAUGUUCCCAGUUCUGAAAGUCAGCGUGGCAGGUCUAGAUCCCAACGCCAUGUAUUCGUUCCUGCUGGACUUCAGCCCUGCAGACGGGCAUCGUUGGAAGUAUGUUAAUGGCGAGUGGGUCCCGGCGGGCAAACCUGAACCUCACAGUCACAGCUGUAUAUACAUCCACCCUGACUCGCCCAACUUCGGUGCCCACUGGAUGAAGGCUCCAGUGUGCUUCAGCAAAGUCAAACUGACCAACAAACUCAACGGAGGUGGCCAGAUCAUGCUGAAUUCUCUUCAUAAGUACGAGCCACAAAUUCAUAUAGUUCGUGUGGGAGGCAGCCACAGGAUGGUGACCAACAUCUCUUUCACAGAUACUCAAUUCAUCGCUGUAACAGCCUAUCAGAAUGAAGAGAUAACUGCAUUGAAGAUAAAACACAACCCUUUUGCAAAAGCUUUCCUUGAUGCUAAGGAAAGGAGCCAUUCAAAGAAUCAUCUAGAACCUCCAGCUGAAAACCAGCAUGUGGGCAUACCACACUAUGGGUGGUUCAUAUCAAACCCAGACACUCUGUGUUCUGCAAGUGGUGGUAACUUUCCAUACCCUGGAGGUUUACCACUCGCUCCCCACCAUGGCUACAAACACUACCCAAGUCUGCACGGGCACCGAGCAGCCCCGUACCCAUCACCCUACUUGUCCCGCCACCAUCAUCACCGUGGUCACAACUCGGUGUCUCUGUCUGAGAAUUUGAGUCCAGGCGCAGUGCAGGUGUUCUCUGGUAAUGAGGGCUGGACAGGUGUGUCUCCUCCUGGUCCUGCUACAAUGCUAUCUAUGCAGCCUGCUCCAAGCUCACCUGGAGCCAGCAGUCAGUAUCCAUGCUUGUGGGCUGUGAGCAGCUGCACUGUGUCAUCCAGUCCUCCAGGGGGCAUUGUGAGCACUACACACAGCCAGGAGGAGCCUGCAGAUGUUAUCUCCACAUCACCCUGCACAUUACUGCAGAUCCACGGACCAACCAGCUCUGAGGGUGGAGUUGACCAAGCCAAUCAGAGUAGGGUGGGUGGGUUGAGCUGGCCUUCUGUCACCACCCACACAUUUUGA